ACUUGCCUUUAUUUCCAAUCAUGCUUACGUUAGUCUGGUGAUUUAAGUUUAACACCUGGCAUCCCAAUCAUAGGCCAACAAUUCUGUUGCUGUAGAACUCACUUGCAUGUCCCUUAAAGCCAGUUUAUCAAUUUGCUUAGAAGUGUGACUCUCUAGCUACGAGGGACGGCUCACGUUAGCGAGCCAAGAACUAUGAGAAUCUGCCCCGGGGUGCUGUGCCUGCUUUCAGCGACCGUGCUCGUCAUAACGGCCUUCUACGCACUACGACUGGAGGACUGGAGUUUAUGGAUCGCCGAGGAGGAACCAGUCUGCCCAAAACCGAGCGCCGUCUUCUUCCUGAAGUUGCACAAGUGUGCCAGCAGCAGCGUGCAGAACAUUCUGCUGCGGCUGGGCGAGCAGCAGCGGCUGCAGCUGGCCCUGCCGCGGCGGGGCAACUACUUCGGCCACCCGCAGCGCUUCAGGGCGAACAUGGUGCACCGGUCGGCAGGCGCCGACAACGCCACCUACCGCCUGCUGCUGCACCACAUGAGGCUCGACCCGGCGCAGGUCACCAAGGUGGUCGGCCCGGACGCGGUCUGGGUGACCGUCAUGCGCAGACCCGUCGACCAGUUCAUCUCCAUGUUCGAGUACUACAACCUGCAGGACGUGUGGAACAUGUCGCUGGCCGAGUUCGCCGCGGCGCCCACAGACCUCCUGCCCGCCACCGCCUUCGCAUCUCACUUCUUCCCCAACCAGAUGUCCUUUGACCUCGGCUACGACGUGGCGGCGCUGCAGGCCGACGACCAGCUGCAGGAGGCGAUGCUGGAGGACGUGCAGCGCCGCUUCCACCUGGUCAUGAUCACCGACCUGCUGGACGAGUCGCUGGUGCUGAUGCGCUACCGCUUCUGCCUCGACUGGGACGACGUGGUGGCGUUCCGACACAAUGUGAGGCCGCCGUCCCUGCGUUCAGCCGCCGCGCACAACCUGACGCUGCGGCGACAACUGCGCCACCACCUGGCCGCCGACGGCGCCCUCUACUCCCACUUCCACCGCCUGCUCCGCGAGGCGCUGCCGUCACCGGCCGAGGCAUGGUGCCUCAACCUCUGCUGCUUCCCCUUCUGCGACAUCUAG